AUGGGGAGGAUGAGAUCUUUCCUACUCGCCGCGGCUCUCUCGGCAACCCUAUUCUUGCUGACGGCGGCGAAUGACCGUACUCCAGCGGUCUACGUGUUCGGUGACUCCUCGGUGGACGUUGGAAACAACAACUAUUUGCCGGGGAAUCUGGGCAAGGUCAACUUCCGACCCAACGGGAUCGACUACCCCGGUGGCAAGCCGACGGGCAGGUUCAGCAACGGUUACAACGUUGCUGACUUUUUGGGUAAUGGCUUCCCUAAUAAUUACGCUUUUGUCAUCUUUAGAUAAAAAACUUGUACCAGGAACGAAGAUUCGUUCGUAAAACUCCACCCCUUCACGUGAAUUGCCCAAAUCCGACGCCCUUUUCUUUGUAACUUUUUUAUUUAGGGUUGACCAAAUUCUUUUUUUCUCAGAUAUAUGUUAUCCAACUCAAUUUGGGGCUUUUGGGUCUAGUCCACAUUAGAUAAUGAAGAAUCGACGGUUCUUACGUGGAUCGCCAGUCAGAACUGUCGCCAACCGAAUACUUUGGGGCUUUUGGGGCUGACUGAGGCCAUCCUCCUUAUGGGCGUGAUGUGGCGUUUAAUAUUAUUUAUGAUCCAAUAUUAACGAAAUUUAAUUAAUCUGAACGGAUCCUUUCACUAUUGUUAAUUAAAUAUUUUUCUCUCAUUUUUCUAAAGUGCACCACUGUUCCCCUGCUGUAUCUCUCCCAUUUGAUUUUCCUCUUCAAAUUCCUACCGGAAAUAUGAAUAUUUAGUUAGAGCAUUCAGCAGCCAGGGACUGAGUCAUCUUUCUAUGCCUUAGCCAUGAAAGUGGGGUUAAAGAAGAGCCCACCAGCGUACCUUUCCCUCACUAGCGACGCCCAAAUGCAUGGAGUGAACUUCGCGUCUGGUGGAUCGGGCAUCCUUAACGCCACGGUGAGUCUCCAACAGCAGCCGUCUCCAUACUGACCAAAAAAUCAUUUCCUUAUAUUUCCCUUCGAGAGUAUGAAGAGCUCACACUUUGUCCCGCCCUCUGGCUGAUAAAUGAAUCAGGGCCAGAACUUCUCCGUAUCUCUGAAUAAACAAAUCGACUACUUCGAACGGAUCACUCACAGCCAAAAGACACGUCUGGGAGAUGCCGCAACUUCUCUUUUCCUAUCUCAGUCCUUGUUCGUUGUCAGCACUGGAAGUAAUGAUUUUUCCGUUUUCUUGGGUAACCUCCAACUACUGAAUGGCACCCAGAUCCAUGAGAUCAUGGGGUUCCUGACGCAACAGUUUAAAAACCAGUUGAAGGUACAAUCUCUCUCUCUCUCUCUCUCUCUAAGUCGGUCGAUCAAUCGAACGUAUAUACCCCUAUACCCCCACAUAUAUAUGAUUUUGUUUUGUUCCCUCUUUACGACGGCAGAUGUUGUAUGAGCUCGGAGCGAGGAAACUCGUCGUCUUUGGGACAUCGCAGGUCGGCUGUGCCCCGCUUCUAAGACGGACAACGCCUUCUGGCGACUGCAUAGAGGAGCUGAACGAGGUCUCACGACUAUUCAGCAACGCCGUGGAGGUUCUCCUCCAUGACCUCGCCUCCACCUCGAAAGGGCUCUCGUAUACCUUCGUAGAUUCCUACCGGGUGAUGGCCCCCGUGUUAUCCAACCCCUCAAAAUAUGGUAUGAGCUCUCCCCUUAAUCUCCAUCACCAAAUUCUUAUGGACCCCAUUGUCCGGACUCUUUAACUGAAGCCAUUGUUAACAAUGUGGUUUCUUCGAAGGGUUCUCGGAGAUCAAAUCAGCGUGCUGCGGAUCGGGGACCCUCAAUGCCGAAUCUGCAUGCACGCCAAACGCCACUUACUGUUCGAGCAGGCUAGGCCAUUUGUUCUGGGACCGAACCCACCUCACAGAAGCUGCUCAAAGGUUGAUCGCGGAGGUUGCGUACCAUGGAGGACGAGAGUUUGUCAGGCCUAUGAAUAUUCAACAGCUGUAUGAGAGUUAA